AUGGCUACUUCAAGUUCAACGGGAUAUUGGGCCUCAUUAGGCCAACCUGAAUUAGAUGUACCAGUAACUUAUCCCUAUCUUAUUCAUACUGGACCAUCCACUGGUCAAAUUAGAUAUCUUAGUGGACCUGAGAUUGCCAAUACUGGAGAAUUAGUUCGAUUUGAAAUGGAAUCUGCUUAUUUUAAGGUUGAUGGAGUAUGGCAAUUAAAACGAUUAAAGAUUAAGAUUCUUACUGCUGAAGUUCCAUCUGAUAAUGUUAUUCCUAUUCUUCCUGAUGAUGAUUAUGUGGAAGAACCUCCCAAUGUUAGUGAUGAACAAGUUAUUGAACAUUAUACUAGAGCUAAAGCUGAUAUACUCGCUUAUGCUGAGAGUUUAAAAGGGUAA